AUGGCUCCCGUCAUCUCUCAGCCCGUUCCCCCUUCGUGGAAGGACCUUGGCAAGGCCGCCAACGACCUCCUUUCCAAGGACUACCCCAUCCACGGCAACUCGCUCGAGGUCAAGACCAGGACCCCCAACGGAGUCACCUUCCGCGUUCUCGGCAUCCGCGACUCCAAGUCGCAGGCCAUCAACGGCGACCUCGAGGCCAAGUGGGAGGACCGCAAGAACGGCGUCACCUUCACCCAGGCUUGGUCCACCGCCAACGUUCUCCGCAACCACAUUGAGCUCGAGAACCACAUCGCCAAGGGUCUCAAGCUCGAGCUCGUUUCCACGCUUGUCCCCGAGAAGCAGACCAAGAACGCUCUCUUUGCUUCCACCUACAAGCAGCCCGGUCUGCACACCCGUCAGCACCUUGACCUCUUCAAGGGCCCCACCUUCACCGCUGACGCUGUUCUCGGCCGUGACGGCUUCCUUGCCGGUGCUGAGGCUAGCUACGACGUCAAGGAGGGCAAGCUGAGCCGAUACAACCUCGGCGCUGGCUUCCACGCCCCCGACUACGCCGUCACCUUCCACGGUCUCGGCAACCUCUCGACCUACUCGGCCAGCUACUACCACCGCGUCAACGCUGACACCGAGGCCGGUGCCCGUGCCACCUACGACUCGAAGAGCCCCAACUCGAACGUCAACCUCGAGGUCGGUACCAAGACCUACCUCGACAACGCCGCUUUCGUCAAGGCCAAGAUCAACAACGCUGGUAUCCUCUGCCUCGGCUACACCCAGGCUCUCCGACCCGGUGUCAAGGCCUCGUUCGGUCUUGCUCUUGACACUGUCAAGCUCAGCGACUCGCAGAACUCUGCCAACGCCCACAAGCUCGGCGCUUCGGUCACCUUCGAGGCCUAA